ACAGCGAUGCUGUUGUUGUUGAGUUGAACAGAAAUGAGUAGCCUUAAGCGAACAAAUGAGCGACUGCAAACCUAAUAUAAACAAACAUAAAAAAACCAAGCUUCUUCAUUUUAGAAAGCGAACUAUAACAUAUUGCUUCUUUAAAUGUCAUUCAUUAACUGUAUAAAAUUUUUAUUUAAAAAUGCGGUGUACGGUAUUCUAUGUCAGAGAAAAAGACAUUGUUUAUAUCUUUAGUAUAUAAUUCUGACACAACUUUGGUGUGGAAAUAUAUGUUUCGAUUUUGUGACUCAUUUAGAAGAUAUUAUUGUCUCAUUGCGAAAAUAAUAACUGGCAUUAAAAUGCAAGAAAGUGGAAGUUUUGAACGCUGUGUUGUUAAAGUUGAAAACAUUGAAGAUGACUCAACACCCAAAAUACUUGUUUCAAAUUUUGGAAACUUUGGAGUUCUUUUUCUCUGUCAAUUCUGCAAGAAUUUGAUGAAACAAGUUUUAAAAUGUGAGUACUGUAAAAAAGAGCUGGAUUGCAGCAUGCAGGAAUUAGAUUCUAUUGCCUUCGAAGAAGUAACUUUAAAACAGAAUAGAUGGCUUGAAUAUGUUCAAUUCAUGAGUUCAGAGUUGCCUCCUUCAUAUGAUUUGCAGAAUGAAACAUUUAAUCCGCAAGAUCUUCCAAAAUUUUGUCGAGUAGUGAAUAGGAUAGAAAAUGAAAUAUUAAAGCACUGUAGAACAAUUUCAAACUUAUAUUUUAAUUUCGAGAGAAACGAAAUCCUAUCAAAUAGUGAUACUAGCAUUAAAAUGCAGGAAAGUGGAAGUUUUGAACGCUGUGUUGUUAAAGUUGAAAACAUUGAAGAUGACUCAACACCCAAAAUACUUAUAAUAAGAGUCUUUAAUGAUUGGAAUAAAUUUGUAUCGGGAUUCGACUGUAAAAAGAAAGCAUUAACCGCUUUCAUUAAAGAAUAUAUUACUGAAGAUGAUUUUCAGGAGGCCAUACAAUUGCUCUGUGAUGAUUUGAUUUUCACCGAAGAGUUACUACAGAAAUAUGUAUGUUUGUCCACAUUAGUUAAAAUCCAAUGUGAGGCUCAAAGAAAGCUUGCUAUGGAGUUUCUCUCUGACCACAAGUUUUUUGAAUAUAUGAAAAAAUAUGAAUGGAAAGCAAACAAUCUUGAAAAUUGCUUGAAGUGUUAUGUUGACUUUGAUCGUUAUAAGUCUCAUGAUGUAGUAAAAAAGUUAAAAUUUCUUAACAAAAGGUUUUUAGAACUAUCAUCAAAUGUGCAUAAUAUACAAAUUAAGGCAGAAGAUAUACCACCAAGAAAAAAUUUUUUUAAACUUGCUUCCAUGCAAGACUUGGAUGAAGCCUUGAGAGAAGAUGUUGGUGAAGCCUUGAGAUUGCAACUUCACUUCUCAGAUGAAAAAAUGGCUUCAGACAUUUCAGGUGAUGAGGGAGAGAAAUCUUCAACUGAGGAGGAAGAAAGUGAAGAAUUCUCUGAAACUGAGAAAAAUUUAGUUGAAAACCAGAAAAUUUCAAAUAACAAAGAUGAGGUUUCCUCUGAAAUGCAUGAGUUAAAUACGGAGGAAGAAAGUGAAGAAUUUUCUGAAACAGAGGAAAAUUUAGUUGAAAACCAGAAAAUUUCAAAUAACAAAGAUGAGGUUUCCUCUGAAAUGCAUGAGUUAAAUACGGAGGAAGAAAAUGAAGAUUUUUCUGAAACUGAGGAAAAUUUAGUUGAAAACCAGAAAAUUUCAAAUAACAAUGAUGAAGAUUCCUAUGAAAUGCAUGAGUUAAAUACGGAGGAAGAAAGUGAAGAUUUUUCUGAAACUGAGGAAAAUUUAGUUGAAAACCAGAAAAUUUCAAAUAACAAAGAUGAGGUUUCCUCUGAAAUGCCUGAGUUAAAUACGGAGGAAGAAAAUAAAGAUUUUUCUGAAACUGAGGAAAAUUUAGUUGAAAACCAGAAAAUUUCAAAUAACAAAAAUGAGGUUUCCUAUGAAAUGCAUGAGUUAAAUACGGAGGAAGAAAGUGAAGAAUUUUCUGAAACUGAAGAAAAUUUAGUUGAAAACCAGAAAAUUUCAAAUUACAAAGAUGAGGUUUCCUAUGAAAUGCAUGAGUUAAAUAUGGAGGAAGAAAAUGAAGAAUUUUCUGAAACUGAAGAAAAUUUAGUUGAAAACCAGAAAAUUUCAAAUAACAAAGAUGAGGUUUCCUCUGAAAUGUAUGAGUUAAAUAUGGAAGAAAAUGAAGAAUUUUCUGAAACUGAAGAAAAUUUAGUUGAAAACCAGAAAAUUUCAGAUAACAAAGAUGAGGUUUCCUAUGAAAUGCAUGAGUUAAAUACGGAGGAAGAAAGUGAGGAAUUUUCUAAAACAGAGGAAAAUUUAGUUGAAAACCAGAAAAUUUCAAAUAACAAAGAUGAGGUUUCCUAUGAAAUGCAUGAGUUAAAUACGGAGGAACAAAGUGAAGAAUUUUCUAAAACUGAGGAAAACUUAGUUGAAAAACAGAAAAUUUCAAAUAAUAAAGAUGAGGUUUCCUCUGAAAUGCAUGAGUUAAAUAAGGGGGAAGAAAGUGAAGAAUUUUCUAAAACUGAGGAAAAUUUAUUUGAAAACCAGAAAAUUUCAAAUAACGAAGAUGAGGUUUCCUAUGAAAUGCAUGAGUUAAAUACGGAGGAAGAAAGUAAAGAAUUUUCUAAAACUGAGGAAAAUUUAGUUGAAAAACAAAAAAUUUCAAAUAACAAGGAUGACCUUUCCUGUGAAACGCAUGAGUUAAAUAAGGGGAGAGAAAGUGAAGAAUUUUCUAAACUGGAGGAAAAUUUAGUUGGAAACCAGAAAAGUUCAAAUAACAAAGAUGACCUUUCCUGUGAAAUGCAUGGGUUAAAUAAGGAGGAAGAAAGUGAAGAAUUUUCUAAAACGGAGGAAAAUUUAAUUGAAAGCCAGAAAAUUUCAAAUAAGAAUGAUGACGUUUCCUAUGAAAUGCACGAGUUAAAUAAGGAAGAAGAAAAUGAAGAAUUUUCUGAAACUGAAGAAAAUUUAAUUGAAAACCAGAAAUUUUCAAAUAACACAGAAGAUGUUACCUAUGAAAUGCCUGAGUUAAAUGAUGUAGUUGAAGUUUCAGCUGAGAAUUAUGAGUUUUAUGAUGAAGAUGAAAUUAAAGAUAAUUAUGACUGUCCGAUAGAAAUAAAAUGUUCCAGUGUAAAUUUUGUAUUUUUGAAAACUUUUGUGCAAGCUGAAAAUAUAAUUUUUACAAUCAGUAGUGAUGGCCUAACAUUUCCAAUUCAAUUAGAAAAUGGUAGUCAAACAAUUUAUUGUAAAUUGACACCAUCAUUAGUAACUGCUAUUGAAAGCGACGUUGAUGAGCAACCAAACAAAUUAGUAUUUACUGUAAAUGAGGAAUUUUUUAAUGAUUUGAAAGAAAAAGGAUUCCAAAGUGAUGAUUUUGAUGACUCCAAAGCUAAAGAAAUUUCAUUUGCAAUAGAGGAAUGGCCAGAUAUUCUGACAAAACGUUUGUUAAUAGUAUUCUGUCAAACUGAUUCUUUUCAAGAUUUAGAAAGUGAAUCAAUUAAUUCAGAUAGUAGUUCAAGAAUGAGUGAUGUUUCUCCUGACAUCAAUCAAAGUGAUUCAAAUGAUGAAACAGGUGCAGAUUUAAUAUUUGAUCAACUGAUAAACAGCGAUGCUAAACUUAGUACAGAUAGCAGUAGCUCAUCUUCCUCUGAUGCUUCAUCAAAAAUGUACUUCUUUCCUCCAUCACCGAAAGAUAAUUCUAAAGAAGAAGAGGAUGAUUUUGACUUGCCAGAAGAAUGUAUAUCAAAGCUAAAAGAUUUUGCUGUACAAAUUGGAGAUGAAAUACAAUCUGAUUGGCUAACAGAAGGCAAAAAUAUGCAUCUACAAUUCGAUAAUAUUAUAUCCGAUAAUGACAGUGAUGAAGAUUAUUCGAUUGAAAGUGAUGAUCUUGAUGAACAAAGGGAAAAUGAAAUGCAGUCUGAUUUGCUAACAGAGGAGGAAAAUAUGGAUCUACAAUCUAAAGAUAAUGAAUCCAGUAAUGACAGCAUUGCUUCACCUCCUCAACAUAAUCUAAUUGAAAGUAGUUGUAAGUUAAAUUAAUUGUU